AGCGGCCUGCUAGGCGCAGAAAUUGCUGAACCACGGUCCGCAUCGGUCGCACUGUUGUUCCCGUGGCCCCACGUGUGAGUGUGCUAUAACGCGUUACUGGUGCGUCGUGUGUAUUUUUGUCGCGUGCCGUACGAUUCCGAACAGUCGAGCUCUCUCUCGCCCUGCCCUUUUUGGCUGGAUGUUUGUAACGUGACAAAGCUGAAGUUAUUGCGCGGUGAUUUGAAGAAGCUUUCUUUUCAUUAGCGAGUUUUCAUCUGCAUUUGCAUUUCAAUCAAUAGUGAACCAUUGCCUUUGCUCUUACUCGAAUAAAGUUUACUUUAGUAGUGAAAAUUUGUUAGCGAAAAGGUGAAGCCACGUGCUUACCCAUUUAACGUGGUUGCUAGUGAACUAACGCCGGGCCCAAUCGCGGUGCCGAUCGGAGAGUGUUUGUGUACGGGGAUCGUUACGCUGUCGUUGUGUCGGAGGAGCGUGAGAGCGUUCCGGGUGGCACUUCCGUUGCACCGCCGUUUCGCGCACCCAUUCCCCUGAGAGACCGCCCACAGCCGAGAUGGCCUUUCGGAGGGCCAGUUACUGCUGUCUGGCGCUGCUGCUGCUGCUAUACUUAGCCGCCGCCCUAGCCGCUGGCACCAGCACCACCUCCACCACCACCGGAGGACCGCAGCCACAGGCGUCCCGUGGCCGUUCGAGCAACCCGUCGCCAAGGUUGCCCCGCACCAGCGCGAGCCAGCUCUCGGCCCAGAACAAUACCACCGCGACGCGCGGCACAGCCUCGAGAAAUCUGACCAACAGUGCCGCCACCAGCUCCCAGGCAGCCCAAAGCCGGGGUAACUACAGAACAAGAGAGCAGCAGCUACUGAAUGUGUUCGAGGUCGUCGUGUCGACGCUUGAGGGCAAGCUGCAGCGGAUAGACAACCUGGACAAGGCGGUCGAGCAUCUGAUGCGGCGCGUCGAAUCACUCGACAGCAAGAUGGCGGACAACAUCCUCAAGACCGACUCGGUCAUCUCCAAGCUGCGCACGCUCGACAGCAAGCUGACGAUCGUGGACGAUGGCCCGGACCGCCCGAACAGCCUGCGGAUGGCCAAGUCGACCAACUCGCUCGACAGCCGGCUGGUAUCGCUCGACCAGAAGGUAAGCGACAUCGACAGCAAGCUGAACGGCCUGAAGAGCCAGAUCGAUAGCAACUUCCUGUCGGUGGACGACAUCAAUGCGGAGGCGAGCGAGCGCAAAACGGUCAGCAUGAACGUGGCGGAAAUCACCAAAGCCAUGCACUCGGAGGUGAUGGGCCACAUCACCAAGGAGCUCGGCCAGCUGCGCUCCAUCACGGACGGCAUCGACAAGAAGCUGCAGUUCCACAUCAACGUGGUGUCGGAGAAUCUGGGCAAAACGCUGAACCUGCUGAACGACGUGCACGACGCGGUCGUCGAUCAUAACAGCAACUACAACAGCUACAACGCAACCUCGACCCUGCCCCCGUACGUGAAGUCGAGCAAGAUCGACAUCCUGGUCAAGCAGAUCCGCCCCAUUAUGUCCGUGUCGGAGAAGAUGGACGAGGUGUGGGACGUGGUCGUCGGCACGAAGAGCUCGGUCGAUGAUCUGGUGCCCAAGUCGGACGCACUGCUGACGCAAAACCAGCGCCAGGAGCGUGCGAUCGGGGAAAUCCAUCACGAUCUGAAAACGAAAACGAACCUCAUCAUCAACAAUCUCGAUAUGGUGGAGAAGCGGCUGAAGAAGCAGGAGGAUGAUGUGGCGGUCCUGGCCCAGCGGCCCGUGCCGGCAGAGCUCCUGAUGGAUCCGACCAUCGAUCGGCUGGUGGAGUACGAUCCUAACAGAUACAUUGUGGAAGACUUCACUGAAGCGCUUCCAACGACGACCUAUCCGUCGUCUUCGUCAUCGGCCUCCUCGUCAUCGUCGUCUUCUUCUACCUCAACGAGCACCGCAUCUAGUACGAGCACCAGCAGCACCACCCAGAGCAAUGCGAACAACUCGAACAGCAGCUCAACGACGACCGGCACUGCCAAGAAUGUUUCCCGCAAGGGUGGCAUCAUUUUCCCCAGCGUCAAGAAUAAGCCUUCGGUGCUGAACAGUACCUUCGCCACCGACAGUAUCUUCCUUAAGGACAUCAAGGGUUAUUCUUGCGUUGAUCUAAUGAACGCUGGCAUGCGGCAAUCGGGUGUCUACUACCUACAGAUCCGUGGAACGACCUACUGGUUCCUGAAGGUGUUCUGCGAGCAGGAAAUUGCUGACGGCGGAUGGACGGUAAUCCAACGACGUGAUGACUAUGGCGAUCCACGCGAAAACUUCAACCGCGACUGGGCCGACUACAAGAACGGUUUUGGCGAUCCGGCGAAGGAAUUCUGGCUCGGAAAUGAAAACAUCUACAUGCUGACGAACAACGAAGACUACUCGCUGCGAGUCGAGCUGGAAGACUUCGAAGGCAAUAAGAGAUACGCACAAUAUUCGCACUUCAAGAUCCACUCGGAGCAGGACUACUACAAACUGGAAAUUGAUGGCUACGAGGGCAAUGCGGGCGACUCGCUGAACGAUCCAUGGUACGGUUCGAACAACAGUCCCUUCUCGACCUACAAUCGCGACAACGAUCGAAGUUCUCUGAACUGCGCCAGCAUGCUGAAGGGCGGCUGGUGGUGGAAGUCAUGCGGACGAGGACUAAACGGACUGUACCUGCACGAUCCGCAGGAUCUGACCGCCCGGCAAGGCAUCGUUUGGUUCCGCUGGAGAGGCUGGGACUACACGCUCAAGAAGGCGACCAUGAUGAUCAAGCCGAAGGGUCCGCAACCACAGGUGGCCGGCACGACGUAAUAGUGAUACUUCCGUGACACGAAUUGUACAAAUUAUUACUGUUUGUUUUCACUUGCUCCUCACACACACACACUCACUCACUCACACGCACACAGACAGACACAUACAACUUGUACACCGUUACACGCAUCCCUUGUGAAGAUCAUCAAAUCAGCAAACUUCCAUCCGUUUACGACCAUCAAUCAUCAAUCAUCAAACUGUUCACCUCAUUUGUCUUCAUUUCUAGCAGUUGAUGCGAUCGGUUUAGACGAAAAAUACGAUAAACUUCUUCAAACCAUUCUUAAGGUCCAUCGUCCAACAAUUCAUACAGCAGUCCCUCCUCUCAUCAGGCUAGAGUAGACGAGAUGCGGGUGCAAAAUUUAUUCUCACAAUACGGUCCAAUGCUAGCCGUAGUAGAAUUGAUUGACUCCAUCAAAAUUUUAGUUCUGAUAUCCCAUACUCGUCGUCUUCUUUAAACGAAAAAAAAACAUAGUUAAUCUUGACAAAAGCGACUGAUUCUAAAUACGACGAUGCACUGCCUAUACCGUCAUCAAUACGUCUCGAAGCAGCACUCGAAGCAAGAAUUGCAGAAUCCUUUUCCCACGUGUACUGCCACGUGUGCGCUACCUAUACGCUAUACCUUCAUGUUGUUUAUUUAUUAAAUUUAGUUCAACAACAACAACAACGGAAACGUUUCGUGAUCGGAUGCUACCACACGCGUCACGCAGCGAGUGACCUUCGUCCCAAUCCACUGGCGAAUCUUUAAAGCAAAAAACAAAAAACUUACAUUUCCGAGCUGGAGUCUCCCCAAAACAUUCCUGCGCAAAGCAAAAAUUAGCAAAACCCUUCGCAUUCGGACACUUCUUUUCUUAUCCUAUAAAAGGUGGUUUUUAUAAUGUAGACGAAGAAAAGAUGCGAACCAGUGGACAACUCUUACGGGCGGUAAAAAGAUAAAAAACUGAUCAAACUUUCAGCAAAAAGUACGCGAUUUUCUGAGAUAUUUUUACUUGUUGUACAUCUCCUAUCUUCGCUUUAUCCUCAGAACAUUCUUCGCAUAAGAAACAAUUUAAAACUUUUCUGUACGCGAUUGGUUAUGAAUGUAAUUCGUUCUUCCUGAAUUGGCAACAAACGUGCGGAUCGAGACAGGGCGAUGUAGAAGCACUGGCCUGGCUGUAAUUUAAUAUGGCUUAAUACUCUUUCUGUCGAAGCGCUAUGAAUUACUUGCGUUUAUAGUGCUCAAACCCAGCAACCCCCAACCAUCAUCCAAACCGGGUGAAAAACGUUCAACCCCAACCGUUGGUGUGCACGAUAUUAAUCGCUCUGUUGAAACUUUCCUACCACACCAACCGUGUGUGUGUGAAGUGGCACAGCUUAAGGGCCGCUUUUUCACCAUUUGACGAUCACAUGAGCCCGCGUCUUUGGGCAGCUGGGGGGAAAAAAGGGAAAAUGCAAUAAAUCAUCGCAAAUUGAAUGUUAUUGAUCCAUUUGAGUGGCGGCGUACGAGCCGCGGCGUUGACCUGUAAGCGUAAUUUAUCUAUCGCCUGGGCGAGAGAUUUUGCAAUACAGAUUCCUCGACGCGCGAAACCUGGAACCGGUGCACGGCUUGUCAUUAAAGGUAUUGAUCGGUACGAUUGCACAGUUUGCAAUUUGCAAUCUUUAUGCCUUUUUUUGUUUUGUUUUGCCUCGUUUUUCAUUCCACAUUUGCCGAUGAAUCUCUGGAAUGGGGGCUGUAUUUUUUGUGUUGUUGCUAAAGCGGCCCGAUCAGGAACUGAUCGGCUGUCUGGAGCAGCAGUUGUGAAAUCAUAAUAAUAGCGAUAAAAACCGUAAAGUAUGCCCACAUACCGAUGACAUAUUUCCUAUUCCUGUGUCUGGAAUAUAGCACGUUACAGAUUGCUCGAGCCACACGUAGAUCAAUGCGAUGCGGUCGAUGGAAUGUGCUGGUAUAUAUUCAGAGAUAAUUAUGUGCUUGAUAUGUGUCUCUGGAUGGUGCCACAACGAAAUGUUGGUUCAAUACUUCAAGAGCGAUUGCGAGCCCAAACGAUAUGGUUUAUCGUUUGCUUACGGCACAAAAAUGCGAGUUAUCUAAUAUAGGUGCACUACACUUAAAACCGAUCAAAUUUGAUGAUAUUAUUUGAACCUGGGUUUCAUGCUUAUUGAUUGAAUUAUGCUUCACAGCCAGAGGAAAACAAUACGGUCCAAUCGUUAGAACGACAUCCAGAAAGUUUAAAUUGAUCCGUCCUAAUACAAGCGUUCUUUCCGUUAAGAGUUUCUGACCCUGUACUCUUGGUUUGUUCCCAACGUUAGCUGGGAAACACGACCGCCUCUGCAUGGAAUCAUGUUCACACAUUACACAUACACAAAACAUGCAAUUGUAAAUAUCGUUUUAAUUUAAUAGUUGAUAGAAUGUUUUAUAUUGAAAUAAAUAUAAAAAUCCUCCGAAAAAUUUA